GUAGAAACACCCCACUAUCUCCUCACUUAUGAACAUUUCAAGGCCGCCACUGAACUUUCCUCAAUUAAGGAUACAGACAUCAUAUUGGGGGGCAUGCAAGGUUUUGAUUCCAAAAAGAUUUCAUUUCCAAGAGUGUCAGAACUAUUAAUGGGCCAAGCACAGACAUCAUUGAGGCAGCACUACAGGAACACAAUGUUCAUUGUCGAUAAAACUAACGAAGAUAUAAGCGACCAGCUACUGGAGCGUAUUCUGUCUAUCGACAAUCCUUCCAAGGGUGCAAUGUUUGAAUCAAACGGUUUUACCAACGGUCUUGUGCUGAACUUACCCACCUAUGACACAGUCCAGGCGAAGGGACAGUGGUGGUCUGACGUAGAUGAAGAAGGCUACAACCAAGAAUUGGGGCUUUCUCAAGGAUUCCUCAACACGACAUGUUCAAAGGCAGCUGGUGAAGACCCGCAGACGAAGGCUACAAAAACAUAUACUAGAAGAAGAGCUCCAAAUUGCUUAAAAACGUUGAACUCACAUUCAACGAACCAGGGCGAUGCCCAUCUGCAAACACCACAACUAUCGCCGGAUGCGAUCCUGGAACUUACGAAAGGCUCAACGAGCUACAUUCGACUACGCGGUACAGCGAGCGUUGAAGAUGCUCGGGGAAAAGGAGCGGCUGUCGUCGGCCUAGGUUCCUUUGGAAGUCGUAACGGAAUUUCUAGCAAGCAUACUGCUAUAAAGAGGCACCUUGUGACACAGGUCAAAGCACGAGGACACUUUGCUGUAGGGGCGCACGAGCUUUACACCGGCGUCCUCUGUCCCCGACCCCUCUGCGAUAACUUUUUGGAGACAGUGUACCCUCGCUCUAAAUAUAGCCGUGCAUGUAAGAUCGACGUGACGCAGUUGGAGCGGAUAACAUUGCAAGAAUUGAUCUCGCUCAAAUUGAGAGGCAAGAGAGACCUGCAAAGUAAGCCCACGGAAGAGUCGCCUGCUCCGGCUGCAAAGCGCGCACGACGCUAG